CUCCCCUUUUAUUUAGUAAAUGUACAACAACCCAUAGUUUUCUUCAAGGAAUUAAUUGAAUUUGUUAAUGGAGGAAUUAAGAAGGUACAAAGGAGCAUUUGAACGUCAGUUCUACAAGUUAGUCUGCAGAGAUGUUUGGGAAGGUGGGAAUCUUCCAGUUGAAUCUCGACCCCUGAAAACUCCACUGAGAGGGUUAAUUCUUUCAUACACAGAACAGAAACGGUGUAAGACAAAGGAUGAAUGUAUUGAACGUGUUAGAGAGGUGCAACAACUGGCUAGGAAGGAGGGAAAGCCUGACACACAGUUAAAUUUUCUAGUUGGAGGGGACGGUUAUGUCUAUGAAUGCAUGGGUUGGCAUCAUUAUCUUCCUGAACAUGUAAAGAUGAUCAAAGGUGGUGAGAGACUUUAUGGACGGAGCAUUGAGGUUGCUUUCAUUGAUAAGAACUCGAACGCGCCUACCGAUGGGAUGCAAAGGGGUCUAUCCCGUGUUGUUACUAUGGGACUGACAGAAAAAUUUCUCGUAGAAAAUUUUACGUUUCACUGCCGAAACAACAGCGAUGUCCAGUUUUUGUAUGGCAGAGAUGAAGCAAAGGAAAAAAGGAGAGUCAUGCAGGAAAAGAGGAGGCAACGAAGAGAUCCUAAUUACAAACAGGAAAAACCAGAGAGAAUGAAAAUUGAUAUGGAUCAAAUAAAAGAGGAUUUAAGAAAACAGGGUGUGAAAGUUCCUGAUAAAGUAUUUUGGUAAAGUUU